AUGUUCCGCUCAACAGCCCGGUCUUUCGUCCGGACAAUAGCCGCGACUUCACCCUCAACUGCAGCAACUCCAUCGAGGAUCUUUGGUCGCUCUGCCGGUUCUUUGCAGACACAGCACGUUCGAGGGCCCUUUGCUGCCGAUGCCGCUGCCGCUGCCGCUGCACCGGGCAACUCUGCUGAGCCGCAGACAUCAAGUGAGCCGACAAGGGUGCAUGAAUAUCUGUAAGAAAAGAUACUGAUGCAAUGUUUGGCAAGUGCAGGAGCGGAGAAGAUGAUGCGACGGUUCUGGAAGACGGUCUCGGUGUCGCCUCAACCUGAAGGUCAGCCGAUUCGGAACAUGCUCACGCCGCUACGCUUCCUUAACCCAAAGGCUGAGACUUGCGCCUCGAUUGCACAGGUACCUACGCCGUCAUGUUGGACAAGCGGACGCUCAAGACACCGGGAGGUACCAAGAUCAGUCUCCCGAAGCAGCAACUCGCCGUCGCCGUACUCAUCGCAGAGGAAUGGGAAAACCAGCUCGCCGUUUUGAAGCCCCACACAUUACCCAUGGUGCGACCUUUCAUGUGAUUCUUGAUUUUGCCUCCUAAGGGAGAAACAGCUAAUGAGUCUGCCUCUCCGCGCGCAGACUUCGAUCAUCUCCCGAGCGAUCGACGGGUUGAGCACGCCCGACGUGCGAGCAGAAGUCGUGGCCAACUUGCUCCGAUAUCUCGAUACCGACACAGUUUGGUGCGUACCAUAAGGCAGCGAGAGCGAGUACUUGAAGUCGCCGUUUCUAAUGCGUCCUUGGUUUGCCGCACCAGCUUCCACGAAGAAGAACCGGACCACCUCGUCAAACUGCAGGAUGCGCAUUGGAACCCGCUACUCGACUGGGUGCGCAAGACGUACGACGUCGAGCUCAUCAAGUACGAAGGGAUUCUUAAUACCAAACAGCCCGAUCCGACGAUCGUCAAGCUUGGGGGUGUCGUUGCCGAUUAUGACGAGUACAAGCUCGCGGGUCAGUCUGUACAUUCAUUGUGUCCUAAAUGGUUCACGUUGCCGCCGCUGAAUCGGAUAACUCUUCACAGCCUUUGAGCGCGCUGUCUUGGCAAGCAAGAGUUAUCUGAUCGCGUUGGGCUUGGUUGAGGGGCAGUUGUCGGUCGAUGAGGCGGCCAAGUGCGCCCACGUCGAGGUCCAGAGUCAGAUCAAUCGAUGGGGAGAGGUAGAAGACAGUGAGUGGUCUAUAGGCAGCUUAAUGCUCAUAGUGAGAGGAGUCACUGAUGUUUUGAUCUCCUUGACGUUCUGGCAGCUCACGAUGUCGACCACCAGGACGUGCGGGUCAGGCUGGGCAGCGCGGCGCUGUUGUGCUCGGCUAUGAAGAGACGAUGA